UAGCCUUCUCCUCACUACCCCUGAGAGGGGACGGGGAAGGCGAGUGUUGACUCGCUGAAAGACAGGGGGGAUGUCAGAAUAUCAAGCUGUCCAGCGGGGCCCUCUGCGUCUGAAGGGGGGCAUCGGCGACGCGUCUGCGGGGAAACGAAAGAAGAAGAAAGACACAGAAAGAAGCAAGAUUGUGGACCAGAUUGUGAGCAGCAAGAAGCAGGAAGAAGAGGAGGAAAAGAAGCGGGCUCUGGACAAACGUACUCCAGCACAGUUGGCCUAUGAAAAGAUGCAGGAGAAGCGGCAAAUAGAACGAAUCUUGAAAAAAGCAUCCAAAACCCACAAGCAGAGAGUAGAGGAUUUUAAUAGACACUUGGAUACUUUGACAGAGCAUUAUGACAUCCCCAAAGUCAGCUGGACUAAAUGAGCAUCUUUUCCAUCAACAUUUCUUCUUACAGAAUCUUUUUUUGUUUCUGAAAUGAGCGCAGAGCGGUUUUGAGCUGGAACUCAUUUGGCAGAAUUGCUGUUUUCCUGUAACUUCCUAUUCUUGGUCAAGCUUUUGAUUUUAAAGAGAUACAUGUAUCUGUUCCUUGUCUUCAAGUAACUGGCGGUUAGCUGUUUAAGAUCUAUAUCAGUUAUUUCUGCUGUAUUAUUGCAUAUUUAAGAACUUAAAAGGACAAAUUAGUCCUUAGCUAAUUAUAGAUAAGAUCACACAAAUACAAAACACUUCGGUUUUAUGCAGAAUUCUGUUGCUGAAAGAACAGAAUGCUUGGGGUGGGAAAGUUAAUCUGUGUACCUGUUUUCUAACUUGAUUACUGCAGUGUAAAAGAAUACUACCAAUACAUGCAAAGGGAAUAAUUACAGCAGCCAAAACUUUCAUCCAGCGUACUUCCGUCAUUUCGAAACACCCCAACCUGAUGGCUUCACCAGCUUCUCCAGCUUCUCAGUAAACAGUCCCAAUACGUGAACAUUUACUAAGAAAUAUUGUAAAAGACAGAGAAUUCUAAUGAUUCCCAGUUUCAUCUAUUGGAAGGACUGCCAUAUUCCCCACACUGUGAUUUGCUUUUAAUCAUGAAAAUUUGCCUAAAUAGAAUUAUUAAGAACACA